AUGAAUAUUGAAACACAAUCUGAAAAAUCGGAAAUUAGAAGAUCCAAACGAGAGAGAUAUGUUUGGGAGGCUUUAAAUGCAGUUCAGAAGUGGAGAGACUUAUUUGAAAAUGGUUAUUUAGAUGAAGUAGGAAAUUACUUAAAACCCUCUUUAAAAGAGGCAGCUGAUCUAGUUGGACUUCCCAAAAGGACGCUCGAAUAAUAUCAUAGUGUUUUUAAAAAAUUACCACAAUCCAUUGACAUUAUGAGAAUACUUGAUAAAAAAAUGGGUUAUCUUAAUCAGCUCAUUAAAGAAUUUAAAAAUGAACCAGCAGUAACUUAAGAAUAACAAGAAGAAAUUCAGCAGGAAUAGAGUUCGUGGGAUAAUAUGAUUAUCGAAGCAGAUGAUUAAUUAGCAGUCCAAAGAGAUCCUGAUGAAGACUAGGUUAUCAAUCAAGUGGUUUAAUAAUAAUAAAUUUUCGAGAAUGAAGAAGAUUAUGUAAAAUAUCUUUAAUUCGAAGAGGAUGAAAAUUAUUGUCAGGAAUAUUACUAAUUCAAUGAAGAUGAAGAUUUCUUAUGGGAUUAAGAAUAAGCUAAUCCUGCAGUUCCUGAUUUUUGAUUUAAUUAAUCAAACACACUUAAACAUAGAAUAUAAAUAAAUCACUUAA